GCCAAUAAUUUCAACUCAAAUUAAAAUUUGUUAGGUUGUUCAAAAAGAUAAAAAAAAAUCUUUAGGAUUUUCAAAAAUGAUUACUAGAUAGUUUAGGGAGAGUCCAGACUAAUCUAGAUUGCCGAAUGGAUUUGACGGUCACUGAAGGAAGGAAGGAAGGAAGGUUGACGAGGUGACACGAAUUCUCUAGCAAUCAGUACGUGUCACACCGACUUGGUAGACACGUGGCACAUUUAUUCCGACUCGGCCAUCUCUCCUCUUGCCUUUACUUAUAACUGUCAGCAUCUUGCGAUUCUACAACGUAGUGGUAAGUACGUGACGAAGCCCACUAAAUAUCAUCAAAUUUGAAUCGAAAAAGUGAAGAAGCGUAAAGGAUGAUGCAAUCCAAAUUAGCUUCGCGACUUUUCCAGUCAGCCACCGCCGUUGUCCCUCGUGCAACAAUCUAUCAGAGUCGUCGUCGUACGGUCAGCGCCGUUACCGGCGGUGGUAAAACCGCCGACCCGAAUAUCCACGCCGUCGACCCGGAAGAAACGAACGAUGCAGCUCAGGCAGCAAAGGCAGCUCCUUCAAGCACAGGUCACUCCACCACCACCAAGGACGACGACCCGUACGUCACCCCCAAAAUGCCCGGCCACUCACCCAAAGUACAGAGCACCGGGGUUAACCGCCCGGCGGACCCAAUCACCCAGCAAAAACGACGCCGUCGGAGCUACAGCACGACGUUGUCCGCUGCGGACGUGGAAUGCGCGGGGUUGGACGGGAGUCCUUGGCCGGAGGACGAAGAUAGGAAGAUGGAUGGGCGGAGACAGAGGGCAGAGCAAGAGGAGGAUAAUAAAGAGUACUUCGAGCACCACGGGGCGUCGCCGUUGUCGGAGCUGGAGCUGGCGGAUACGAGGAAGCCAAUAACUAGAGCCAGCGAUGGGACGGCGGGGAGCGGGUAUUACGGCAACCCGGAGGUGUUGGUGUGGAAGCCGGAGCAGGUGGACACGGCGGAGGAUUCGUUGCGGCGAGCAAAGGAGAUAUGGAUGUGGAACGCCAUGCGGGGCGACCCGGAAUCACCACACGGUCGAAUCCUCAGGAAACUUCGAGGGGAGUAUUGGUGAUUUUUAUGACUUUUUUCCAUCGGCAAAACGAAUAUCAGACGGAAUAUUGGAAGAACAAGGACUGUUCACCCUACACACUCCAUUUAGGCAAAUACAAAUAAAGUUGUGUUCGUAAUGUAUCGAGUAGUGGAUGGAGUAUUAUUAUUUAUGUAAUCGGGGUUAUAUUGUAGUAAUUGUAUAUGGCAAAAUUUAAGAUUCACUGGUAGUAUAACAUAACCGACUAUACGUCAUAAAGUCGAAUACCAUAGAUACAGUGUUUGUGUUGCCGUGACCCGGAUUAGCAGAUUCAAGUUGACGGUAUUGAUACAGUAGUAGUACGUUUAAAGGCUUUUCCCAUUUACUAGAAAGGAAGUCAAUCAAUGCCUAUUUGGCAGUGCAGUAG